AUGAGGAAAUUGAGAAUCGUGUAUUCAAGAAAGAGAGUGUUAAGGCUAUUGAGUUGGGGGGAUGAAGAGAUGGGGAGCGUGUUAGGCCAAGUAGUGGAUUCGAUGGGACUAGUACAGGUGGACUUGCUCCUUCAUCAUUCAGCACUAGGACUGAAUGCCAAUUGUAUUUCUGAAAAUCAGGGAUCGAUUAGAAGCGUUGUGUUUCUUGAUGCUACACCAAGUGAGACGACAUUGCCACUUUGGGCAUUGGGGAUGCCUUUGGUGAGAGAGAUCACACUAAGGUUUAGGUUUGUGUUUACGUCGGUACUUGCAAAGUUUUGUAUGGGAUCGAUUGGUUGGCCGGAGGAUGAGGCACAUAGGAUUCUAUUGAAGGGGAGUGAUGGGAAAAAGUUGAAUUUUAGCUUUGAUAUAGCUGAAUGGAACAGUUUCAAUGGGGUGAAAGAUCUUCCAAUGCGAGUGAUUUGGUCGGGUGGAUUUCCAAAGAAUGGAGUGAUAAGGGACGACAAGUUGCUGAUGUACUUUCCCCAGGUGACACUUGUCACACAUUCUGGUGGUCGGUGCCCCCAGGUGCGCAUCAACUAUUAUAAUUCUUUUCAGUUAGAUUUUCAUGACAGUUAUUUUGGGAGUUGUUCGUUAUGUUAUCUUGAUGGUUGGUCUAGAAUGGUUUCAUUCCCUGCAGUGUGA